AUUUUUACGGGGGGAAAUAGAAAAUACCAAAUUUUGGUUUAAGUAUUUAAAGAGCGAAAAUAUAUCAAAAUAUAUCAUUCAACAUUUAACAUUAAUUCAGUUAACACAACAAAACAGUAUUUUCCAAAUAAACAUGCAGUGCCUUUCCGUGAUGUUAGUUUUGGCUGCCAGCGUCUGCAUGGCAUGUGCCGAUGAUUUAGCAAAGCCCACCGACUUCAAAUUCUCAUACGGCGUCAAUGACCCAGCUACCGGCGACAACAAAGAACACACUCAAGUUAAGAACGGAGAUGUUGUCAGCGGCUUUUACCGUACCUUGGACGCCGACGGUAUGAUGCGUACAGUCAACUACUAUGCCGACCCUAUCACUGGUUUCAACGCCGACGUAGACCGUGCUCCAAUUAACGAUAUAGCGCCAGUUGCUCCAGCUAUAGCUCCAGCCCCCCUAGCUGCCAAAUCACCAGCCUUUUACCCUAACGUAGAGCCAUUCGCUCCAGCCCCCUUAGCUGCCAAAUCACCAGCCUUUUUCCCUAGCGUAGAGCCAUUCGCCCCAGCCCCCUUAGCUGCCAAAUCACCAGCCUUUUACCCUAACGUAGAGCCUUUCGCCCCAGCCCCCUUAGCUGCCAAAUCACCAGCCUUUUACCCUAACGUAGAGCCAUUCGCUCCAGCCCCCUUAACUGCCAAAUCACCAGCCUUUUACCCUAACGUAGAGCCAUUCGCUCCAGCCCCCUUAGCUGCCAAAUCACCAGCCUUUUACCCUAACGUAGAGCCAUUCGCCCCAGCCGCCGUAGCUGCCAAGUCACCAGCCUUUUUCCCUAACGUAAAGCCUUUCGCCCCAUUCGCAAAAGCUGCAUACCACCCACACUCUCUCUCCCGUAACUCCUUUUACCCACAUUCUUUGUACCCAGAAACACACUUGGCACCUGAAAUUCCUUUACCUAAAGCAGCCAACAAGUGGCACGGUGCUUAUCCUUUAAGUUCUUUACCAUACAGUUCUGGAGCUUACCCAUACAACUACGAAUCAUAUCCAUCCAAUUAUGGAGCUUUACCUUUGGGUUAUAAAAAAUAAUUUUUCCUAUUUAAAUUGUAUAUUAAAUAAUGAGUCAUAUUAAUAAAUAUAUUUGUUUUUUUUUUAUAGAAAAAACUUGUGUUUGAUAUUUA